AUGGGCCCCGGUCAGACCUACCUCACCUGGACCUGUGUUCUAAAUGUGCCCUGGUCAGACCUACCUCACCUGGGCCUGUGUUCUAAAUGGGCCCUGUUUACCUGUGAUGAGGACCAUGUGCUGCAGGGCUCCAAAACCAUCACCUGUCAGAGGGUGGCUGAGGUGUUCGCUGCCUGGAGCGACCACAGACCUGUCUGUAAAGUGAAAACGUGUGGAUCGACACUCCAGGGUCCAUCGGGGACUUUCACCUCUCCCAAUUUCCCCAUCCAGUACGAGAGUAAUUCCCACUGUGUGUGGAUUAUCACUGCUAGUAACCCCAAUAAGGUCAUCCAGGUCAACUUUGAGGAGUUUGACAUGGAGAUCGGCUAUGACUCGUUAACCAUCGGAGACGGAGGCCUGACAGGUAGCUUCGUGCCUGACCUCAUUGUCAGCAUGUCCCAUCAAAUGUGGCUGCACCUUCAGUCUGAUGAGAGCGUGGGAUCUAUCGGCUUCAAGAUCAACUAUAAAGAGAUUGAUAAGGAGAGUUGUGGGGACCCAGGCACACCUCUGUAUGGCUUCCAGGAGGGCAGUGGGUUUCUGAACGGGAACGUGCUGCGGUUCGAGUGCCAGUUUGGCUUCGAGCUGAUUGGAGAGAGGAUGAUCACAUGUCAGAACAACAACCAGUGGUCUGCUAACAUCCCCAUUUGCAUAUUCCCAUGUUUCUCCAACUUCACGGCGGCCGUGGGCACUGUGCUGUCCCCUGACUACCCAGAGGGCUAUGGGAACAACCUGAACUGUGUGUGGAUCAUCAUCUCUGAACCAGGCAGCCGGAUCCACCUGGCCUUCAACGACUUUGACCUGGAGCCUCCAUACGACUUCCUCACCGUGAAGGACGGAGACCAGACGGGCUCGUCCAUCCUGGGGAGGUACUCGGGGGCCGAGGUGCCGUCUCACUUCACCUCCAACAGUAACAUACUGCAGCUGGAGUUCCAGGCAGACCACUCCAUGUCCGGAAGAGGAUUCAACAUCACCUACAGCA